AUGAAAGCAAGCUCUCCGCUUAGCCUCGUCACGGCAGCACUGUUGGCGCCCGUCGCGGCAGACUGGCAGUUUAGAUCUCGUCCGGACCUCGCACCGCCUCGUCUGAACAUCACCAUUCCGGCCACAAAUGCCGUCGAGAAGGGCUAUCUCUUCCUCGCGCCAUUCGCUGGCUUCCCUGAUACUCCGACGGAGCAGCAUGGUCCUCGCCAGGCCGGGCCAUACAUCUUCAGAGACAAUGGUGACCUGGUGUGGUCUGGCUACUCCAUUUUCAGCAUCUGGUCUACCAAUUUCCAGGCUGGUCGUUGGAAGGGCAAGGAUAUCCUGUUCAGCUUUGAAGGUGACCACAAUGCUGGAUAUGGACACGGCCAUGGACACAUUACGUUUGUCGACCAGCGUUAUGAGACUGUUCGUGAACUUCGUGCUGGGAAUCAUAAGCUGGUUGACAAGCAUGAGUUUCAUAUCGUGAAUGGGGAAACUGGCUUGAUCCAGAUCUAUCAGCCUGUGCCGCGAGACUUGACCAAAUGGGGCGCGAGCCCAGAGCAGCAGUGGAUUGUGAAUGCCAUUAUUCAAGAGCUUGAUAUCUCAACCGGAAAACUGCUCUUUGAGUGGUCUAGCCUGGACCAUGUAACUCCCGAUGAGGCUAUUCUUCCAAUCAACCCUGGACAGGCAGGUUCCGGAUACAACUCCUCUGACGCAUGGGACUACUUCCACAUCAACAGCGUCGACAAGGACGCCGAGGGAAACUACCUCAUCUCUGCCCGUGACGCCUGCGCCGUUCACAAGAUCAACGGCACAGAUGGCUCCAUCAUCUGGCGCCUCAACGGCAACAGAAGCGACUUCAAGAUGGCCAAGGGCACCAAGUUCUGCUUCCAGCACCACGCCCGCUGGCUGAGCCAGGAAGACGGCAUCGAAAUCAUCAGCCUGUACGAUAACAGCGCCCAUGGCACUGAGCACAGCGGCGGAUCCGAAGUCCACACUGCACCAACCAGCAGCGGAAAGAUCUUGAAGCUCAACACCAAAUCCUGGACUGCUGACCUUGUCGGUGCCUACUUCCCACCUGACGACCUGUUGUCCAAGUCCCAGGGAAGCACUCAAGUCCUACCGGGCGGUAACGUGCUCGUCGGAUGGGGUUCUGAAGGUGCCGUAACUGAGUUCACCAGCGAUGGAACGCCCAUCUUCCACGCCUACAUGGACUCUGGCGUUCUUGGUGACGGGGUCCAAAACUACCGUGCUUUCCGCUACAACUGGACUGGUUUGCCUAGCGAAGACCCUGCUAUUGUUUCUCUUGAGAGUGAGAAGGGCACGACCGUCUAUGUCUCUUGGAAUGGCGACACUGAAACUGCUGUUUGGCGGUUUUACGCCGAAACAGAUGAGUUUGGAUCUCGUCAUUUCUUAGGUGAAGUCGAGCGUAACAGCUUUGAGACCAAACUCUUUGUUCCCCAUCAGAAGCUCACUUCUGUGUCUGCAGAAGCCAUUGACGCUUCUGGCAAGCUACUCAUCUCCACUGCUGUCGUCAAGACGGAGCAGGAGAUACUCCCGCCUCGGACCAAGGACACUUCCCACAAGGUCAAGCUUGUUGAGGAGGUGGAGGAGCAGAAGACCUUCAAGAAGGGUGGACUUUGGGAGGAAUACGGUCUUCUCAAGUUUGUUCGCCUCAGAUUUCCUCUCGGAGAUGACUUGUAA